AUGUAUAGGAGUAAAAGUGGAUCCAAAUAUGUUGAAAAAGUGUCACCACCAAAAGCAUUGGCUAUUUUUGAUACUAGCAAAUCUAAAUUUGGCCUAUUUGAACAAACUAGUUCUAAUGAAGUUAAUGACAAUGGUCACACGUAUUGUGUCACAGCUGCUGUCACCACAACAUACGCAGAUGUUCGUGAAGCUGCCCGACAAAUAAUGCAGGGCCCAGUAUCAGCAUGCACUUACAACACAUUAGUAUAUCGGUUUACAGACAAAGACGGACAUACACACGACGGGUACGAUGAUGACAGAGACUACGGAAUCGGAUCAAGGAUACUUGACUAUUUAAAGGACAUAUAUGCACCUAACAUAAGUAUUAAUUCCUCACAUAGACUGCCAUCUGGUACAGCAAAGCAAUAUUAUCUUGGAGGGAGUAAAGUCGGUUCUCCGCAAAAUGUAGAAAAUUAA